CCCAGAAGAUAAAGCUCCUUUCCCUCGCUGGAUAAGAAUCAGAAGAGAGAGAGAGAGAGAGAGAGAGAGAGAGAGCUUGAGGGCGGGUUUUAAUGGCGCGAAGCUUGGUUCAUUUGAAGAGCUGCUGCGCCCUGGAGACCCAGCCCUGUCGCGUCCGUCUCCCCGACAAGGCCCGCAGCGCUCGCGUCCUCGUCCUCGGCGGCACCGGCCGGGUCGGCGGCUCCACCGCCCUCGCCCUCUCCAAUCUCUCCCCCGAUCUCCACAUCGUCGUCGGCGGUCGCAACAGGGAAAAAGGCGAUUCAAUGGUGGCUACAUUAGGAAAGAACUCUGCGUUUGCUCAAGUCAAUAUCGACGAUGUGGUGUCCUUGGAAAGAGCUUUGGAUGAUGUAGAUCUUGUGGUUCAUGCAGCAGGACCCUUUCAACAGGUUCAGAAUUGCAAUGUGCUUGAGGCAGCUAUAGCAACCAAGACUGCAUAUGUUGAUGUUUGCGAUGAUACUCACUAUUCAUUGCUUGCGAAGUCGUUCAAUGACAAAGCGGCUGCUGCAAAUAUUCCGGCCAUCACAACUGGUGGAAUUUACCCAGGAGUGAGCAAUGUUAUGGCAGCCGAGCUUGUCCGUGCAGCCAAAGAUGAGAGCAAGGGCGAGCCUGAGAAAUUGAGAUUCUAUUACUACACUGCAGGUACUGGUGGUGCUGGUCCAACAAUUUUAGCAACUAGUUUUUUACUUCUAGGAGAAGAGGUAGUUGCCUAUCUUAAAGGAGAAGAGAUCAAACUAAAGCCAUAUAGUGGAGGUCUAAACAUCGAUUUUGGAAAGGGCAUUGGAAAGAGGGAUGUUUUCCUGCUGAACUUGCCAGAGGUGAGAAGUGCUCAUGAAAUCCUCAGAGUGCCUACUGUCAGUGCUCGGUUCGGAACUGCCCCAUUUUUCUGGAACUGGGGGAUGUCAGCAAUGACAAAUCUUCUACCUCCUGAAUACCUUAGAGACAGAAGCAAAGUACAGGAAUUGGUUCAACUAUUUGAUCCCGUAGUUCGUGCAAUUGAUGGGAUAGCAGGAGAGCGUGUUUCAAUGAGGGUCGAUUUGGAGUGUUCUGAUGGGCGUCAUACAGUUGCUAUAUUCAGUCACAGGAGACUCUCAGUGUCAGUUGGAUAUUCUAUUGCAGCAUUUGUUCUCGCUGUUCUGGAGGGAAGCUCACAACCCGGCGUGUGGUUCCCAGAAGAGCCUGAAGGAAUUGCUGUGGAGGCCAGGGAGAUACUUCUGAAACGCGCAUCUCAAGGAACUACCAACUUUGUGAUGAACAAGCCUCCCUGGAUGGUGGAGACCGUGCCAAAAGAAGUUGGAUUGGGAAUUUAUGUAUGAGUACAUUCUUGGUGAUGGAGAGAUUCGGCCAAUCAUACCAAGUUGGCUCUCUUGAGCGCUGCAAAAAUUGUCCUUAUAGUUGCCACUUCUGUCCCGUUUUCUUGGCAAGACUCGGGUAACUAACUUGUCUACGACAAUCUUAUUGAGAUUUUUUUUUCCCGAAUGUCAUGUUUGUUAUUAAUCA